CUUCACGUCCGUUUGUCAUCUUACAUCAUUUCCUCCUGCGACAGCCUUCUUCCUUUUCGGGUUGGCCAUUGUGAUUAACGGUCUAUAAAGCCUAAACGGCCAUUCAUCAUGCAGAACGACGCAGGAGAAUUCGUGGACUUGUACGUGCCCCGUAAAUGCUCUGCUAGCAACAGAAUCAUUGGUGCAAAGGACCAUGCCUCCAUCCAGAUCAACAUCGCUGAGGUUGAUAAGGUUACAGGCAGGUUCAAUGGCCAGUUCAAAACCUAUGCUAUCUGCGGUGCAAUUCGUAGAAUGGGUGAGGCCGAUGACUCUUUGCUGAGACUGGCAAAGAAUGACUCAGUUGUUUCAAAGAACAUUUAAUUUUGAAAUGUACACCUGGUGUUUGAAAUAAAAGAGAAAAAUUAUUGGUUCA